AUGUACCUUCGCACCAUUCUGGGAGCGGCCUCCCUUGCAGGUGUUGCAGCAGCGCAACGGGGUGGUCUGAACGCCUGCCCCAACGCUUGCAGUGCCAGCAAUGACCCAUUUAAUUGGAUGGUAUAUCAUUCCACUAGUCGUGUCGCAGCCUGUGAUGAACCCAUGCUUCUUGACUUUGCUAUUUUCAAUCCUCUGAAUGGGUCUCAGACUCAUUCCACAAUCUACGCUUGUACUACCGACGGUAGCACAAAUUCAACUAUGAUUAGGCGGUCUGAAGAAGGUGGAAAUGCCACCAGGCUGUCCGUUAAUCUAGAGUUUGGGGCGUGGGGGCUGGCUUCUAACUCAGCUGACAGCCAAAUCUCUGGAGCACUCGCGGAUAUUGAAACCUAUAUGGUGGCAGGCCACAAGAAGAGGAGUUUGUUUGGCUUGUCUGGACAGACAGCUGUUGGCAUCUAUAUCGGGGGUCGCCUGGAUUCUUCUACUACCGCUACGAACAUAAUCCAAGAAAUGCUCGAUCAAUAUAGUACCCUAGGCGUCUCCGAGCAGAUGGCAAUGCAAUACUGUGGUUCGACAGCCAACUAUGUGGCUGGUGUGGCUGUAAACACAAAUGGCGAUCUUCCUGCUAUCCAGGAACUGGUGAAAACAUGGAGCAAUGGUGAUUGUGUGUCCGGCUUUGGGUCCCAGACCUCUGUACCGACAACGCUGAUAACUGUGUCUACUUCCGAUAAGGGUGAUGGCACUGUGGCUGCUCGAUCCCUUCCUGGUACCCUGCAGUCCCGUGCAGACAGCUGUUCUACCGUCCAAGUGGUGUCUGGGGACUCUUGUGCGACAUUGGUCACAGAGUGCGGAAUCACGUCCACUGAGUUCUACGAAUACAACACGGCCUCUGAUCUGUGCUCUACUCUUGCUGUUGGCCAAUAUGUAUGCUGCAGCUCAGGUGACCUGCCUGAUCUCUCCCCUGAGGCCUACAGCAAUGGCACCUGCUACACGUACCUCGUGGAAUCCGGUGACUCAUGCUCCAGCAUCGCUGCCGCUUAUAGUAUGAGUCUCGACGACAUUGAAUCUUACAACAACCAUACAUGGGGAUGGUUGGGUUGUGACGACCUCCAGGCUGGUGAGAAUAUCUGCCUGAGUAGUGGCGAUCCGCCUUUCCCAGCUCCAGUGACAGGGACGACCUGCGGCCCUCAGGUUCCCGGAACAACGGCCAACGGAACAGACUAUAGCGAGUGGGCAACGUUGAACCCAUGUACACUCAAUGCAUGCUGUGAUGCUUGGGGGCAAUGUGGUACUACGCCAGAAUUUUGUACCAUUACCGAAUCGACGACCGGGAACCCUGGCACAGCGGAAGCUAAUACGAAUGGAUGCAUCUCAAACUGCGGGACAAAUAUUGUCAAUAACUCUACUGCUCCAGAGGAGUUUUUCUCUAUUGGAUAUUUCGAAGCCUACAAUGUGGAACGUACCUGCCUGAAAAUGAAUGCCUACAUGAUCGACACCAGCAAAUACACCCAUGUUAUAUAUGCGUUUGGCACUAUCAAUGCAGAUUACUCAAUUACCAUCAACGAAACGAACCAAUUUGAACAGUUCUUGAAUCUUACGAAUGUCAAGAAAAUUGUCUCUUUUGGCGGCUGGGAUUUCUCGACAGACACUGAUACAUAUACAAUCUUCCGUGAUGGUGUUACUGCCGACAACCGUGCAACUCUAGCCAAAAAUAUCGGCGAUUUUGUCUCACAAUAUGACCUGGAUGGGGUUGAUUUCGACUGGGAGUAUCCUGGUGAGCCUGAUAUUCCGGGAAUUCCCGCCGGUAACAGCGACGAUGGCACAAACUACGUGGCAUUCCUGAAAGAGGUUCGAUCAGUCAUUGGUACCUCUAAAACGCUUUCUAUAGCUAUGCCCGCCUCCUACUGGUACUUGAAGGGCUUCCCAGUCUCCCAAAUCAACUCUGUUGUUGAUUUUGUGGUUUUCAUGACCUAUGACCUACAUGGCCAGUGGGACUACGGCAAUACCUCAGCAGAUGAUGGAUGUGCGGAUGGUAACUGCCUCCGCUCGCAUGUUAAUCUGACAGAGACCGGUUACGCCCUUUCAAUGGUCACUAAAGCUGGAAUGGAUACUAAUAAGCUGAUGGUCGGUGUAGCCAGUUACGGACGUUCCUUUGAGAUGACCACUGCAAACUGCACUGGUCCGGAUUGUACCUAUGUAGGGCCUGACUCUGGAGCCACCCCCGGCCGCUGUACCCAAACAGCUGGCUACAUUUCCAAUGCGGAGAUCAAUGAAAUUAUCGCAUCUAAUCCAACGGUGGAGGUGCUGUUUGAUGCUGGAAGUGAUUCCGAUAUCAUUGUCUACAAUGAAACACAGUGGGUUGGUUACAUGACCAACACAACGAAAAGCACGCGUACCACCUACUAUCAGGGGCUGAACAUGGGUGGCACGACUGAGUGGGCAAUUGACCUCGAGGAAUUUGUCACUGAUCCGACCGACCUCGACGCAUUUGAGUCUUACUUCCUUAAGAAGGAUUCCAACAUCAACACCAUCUUCUCCGGAAAUGGAACGUGCGCUCUUCCCUCCUCGGACGAGACCGCGGCGCAGGCAAGUGAAGAACGCGGGGUGGCUGCAUACAUUGAUUGGCUUCUAGAGGAGACGUCCACGAGCAGCUACGAAUGGGCGAACACAAUGUUCUAUAGCUCCGGGGUAACCACGUCAUGUGACGUCUAUCCUGACGGUCCUUGUGGCUAUCCCACCGACUGCACCAGCUACAGCAGCACGCCAGAAUUCUGGGCCGAAUGGGUGGUGGCAAAUUUCUUCGAGUAUGUGGUGGAAUUCGGGGCGCUUUUCGACUUCGCGACCUUCAACCAGUCCAACGCGGUGGGGUCGAUAGCUACCGACUUUCCUGUCAAAUCGGGAGCAACGGUGCCCUCAGUCAGCACUGUGUUUAACAACGUAGGUGGGGUGUUGGGGAUCCUGGGUAGCACGAUUCCCCUGUUGGAUGCGGAAACGGAUACAGCAUCAAGUGUUAUGGGCACGCUCAGUGGGCUUUUCUCCACAGCUGGGGGCGACAUCUCGGACAGCGAUUCCACCGCAAAGGAGAGCCAGGAGCUGCUCACACAAGUCAGCACGGUUUUCACGGCGAUGGUGUCGGCGGCGAUGACAGUACUGGAGGAAAUCUUCCAGAACGGUAACAUCUCCAGUUGGCCGGCGGACUUGCGUGAGGGUGACUACAACUCAGAGGUGGCCAACUUCUUUGACGGACGGUACAUGUUCAAACUCACAGGGACGCAGACGACAGCGAUCGAGACUACUUUCAACGCAAGGCUUCAAGAGUAUCUAGUAGGGUCUGCUCUCGUCUCAGCCAAUUACUAUAUCCUCAAGGGCGCGUACUCGACGGGCGACUGCGCAUCAGUAACUAGCGGCACGGUCAUCGGAGAUUACUGCUACACCCUGCAGUAUCCAGGAGCUGGCUGGGAGCUUACUAAGCAGAUAAUGACAGAGACAAUCAGCAGUGCCGACCUCACCAAGCUUACCGACACCUACGGAGUCGACCUCACUGCUCUCUACGACAAUUCUUACACCUGUCAGAACACCACCGGUACCUACGCCGGCACUGUAGAGCUGAGCGUCCUUGAGGCUACCUCUUCACUACCCACCUGUUUCUUCAAUCUCCCUGUCUUUACUGUUCAGACAUCGUCUGAGCCCAAGGUCAACAACUAUCUCUCCUCGCCCUGCCUGGUCUACCAUUACAACACCACCGAGAAUACCCCAGAACUUGGUGUCACCUGGAUGCCAGCCAACCUGGCAGACAUCUUUGUGAAAGACUUCUGUCAAUGCAGUGCUUCCGAACGCGAGUGCUCAGAGAUAUGA